AUGGCUUCCCCUAGCGUUCUGACCUUUGACGCUGAGGGUCGGGCUGUCGACUUUGAGGUCUGGGUAGAUGAUCUGCAGCAUUUUCUGCACUGCGAUAGGGCAGACCGCCUCUCACUGUUUGACCUCACUUCUGGUGCCUCCCCUGCCCCUGAUGCUGAUGCUGAGGCCACUGGGUGUUCUCCCUCCCCCCUCUUGCGCUGUGUUGCCUCUGCUACUGCGGCCGACCUCGUUGGUUUCGAGUCGGUCAGCGAUGCGUCUGCCCCAAAUGGGAGACGCCGCACCGGCAAGGGCAAGGGGAGCAAGGGCACUGGAGGGGGUGGAGGGGGCGGUGGAGGUGGUGGUGGAGGCAGUGGAGGGAGUGGGGGUGGUGGUGGGAGUGGUGCCGGGUGUGGUGGCGGCGGCGGCAGCAGUGGAGGCAGCGAAGGCGGUGGAGGUGGCAGAGGGAGUGGAGGCGGCGGAGGUAGUGGAGGAGGCGGAGAUGGAGGAGGCGGCGGAGGCGACGGAGGCGGCGGCGGCGGAGGCGGUGGUGAUGGAGCGAGUCGCGACACUGCACCGAGGAGUGGCACCGGUGGUGGUCCGCGCCAGCAGCAGCAGCGGAGUGGUGUGACCAUGUCCCCUCAGCAGCUUCGUGAGUGGUACACUGCACACCAGCGCAGUGGGGGUUUUGGUCCCUGCUCUUACCUUCUCCAUACCGGCCACCACACUAGUGAGCAGUGCGGAGGUCCGCACUCCACCCAGCGCUGCUUUGGUCGCCUGACAGACGCGUGGCGUCGCCAGUUCCCUGAGGCGUCAGAGAUCCCUCGCUGGGGAGAUCAAGCUAAGGCCAGGGUUGCUAUCUUUGAUCUUGACUUUGAUGCUAUUCUUGCUGCCAUGUAUGCUGUUGCUAAUAGUGUUGAGGGUGCCUGUUACCUGUGUGUACCGCAUGACCCGUGCAUUGAGGCUGCUGCGCUAGGUGCUAGUGAGACUGCUGCUCUAGGUGCUAGUGUGUCCGCCGCCCCGGGUGCUGGUGAGUCUACUCUCUCAGGUACAACGUCAGCUCAGGCCUUCCUCACCUUCACACUGGACUUGGGUGCGUCCCGCUCCUUCUUUCGAGACAGCACCACUCUUACGCCGCUUAGUCGGCCGGUUGCAGACUCCCUAGAAGACCCCUCUGGGGGUCCUGUCCUUGCUAGCUUCUCCACUGUUCUUCCAUGCCCCGCAGCCCCCUCUGGCACCCUGUCUGGUCUCUACCUCCCCUCAUUCUCUAUGAACUUGGUGAGUGGAGCGGACCUACAGGAUGGAGGGGUUGACCAGUUCACUCCUUCGAGUCAGCGAGUGACCCACUGCACGUGUGCUCGGACAGGUAGCUGA